AUGGAUCUCAAAAAUCCAAGAGAUGCUGCCAUCUUUGUGUGUUUAACCACAGUUUUCUACUGUGUAGCCAGACUCAGAGAGUUCACAGUAACAUCAAUCAAACAUUUUGACCCAGUGAAGCACAUCACUCAAGCAGACUUGAAACAUCUCCACAACCUCAAUGGCCUACCAGUCACCAAAUUCCACAUUCCUUGCACCAAAACCUCCCCACAAGGAGAGGACAUUCAAUGUGCACCUGUGGAAGGCAUCACAAACCCCAUCGAAGUGCUAGAGAACCACUUUCAAGUCAACCCCACUGAUCCCAGCACACAUUUAUUUGCAUGGAAGCACCCCACAGCAGGCCUAUGCCCACUAUCCAAAUCAGAGGUCACCAAGUGCAUCUUGGUGCUAGCCUCUGAACAUAAUCUUCCAAACCUCAGAGGACACAGUCUAAGGAUAGGUGGCACACUUCACUACUUGCUUCAAGGCAUUCCCUUUGAUGUCAUCAAGACAAUUGGGAAUUGGGCAGGACACUCCUUCACACUAUACCUAUGUCAACACACAAUGAUACUAGCACCCUACCUCAACGAUAGGCCCACUCUCCUGGAACACUUCAUGAGAUAUGCUAUGCCCCCAGUGCACUAA